AUGGCUUAUAAUAUCCUCGAGCAAGUUAAGCCACGUGCACCAUCUCCAGUCAAUUAUUCUAAUUAUAAACCAUACAAUAAAAGAAAACGUAACGUUUCUCCUAAUAAGAAGGAAGUACGGCUUCGAAGCUCAGCAACACAAACUCUUUCUCGUGGUCAGAUAGUAAAAGCCCAAGAAUUACUUUAUUUGCUAUGGUAA